AUGGCAAAGAACUCAACUGCUGAUGACUCAAAGUAUCGAUUAUCGGAUGAUGUCAUACCACUUCACUAUGCAUUAAUCAUCAAAACCGAUCUCGAGUCAACUCCUCCUACUUUUCAAGGAACGGCUCAAAUUGAUAUCUUGAUCAAGUCCGAAACAGAUACUAUUACCUUCCAUGCUGCUCAGUCUCUCUCAGUCCUCAAUGUGGUCAUCCAAGCUGAAAGUUUGGGUAACACUCCCGAGCCAGCCAAAUCAAUCAGUUUCGAUCACAAGUUUGAACGUUGCACAGUGGUGUUAUCCAAACCGUUGCCGGCUAAUACUAAGGCUACACUUGGAAUGGUUUUCAAGGCUGAAUUGGAAGGUAACAUGAUGGGUUACUAUAAAGCUACAUAUGCCUUCGAAGGAAAGAAAGGUGUCUAUGGUUUGACUCAAUUUGAACCUACUGCUGCUCGUCGCGCAUUCCCCUGCUGGGAUGAGCCUGCAAUCAAGGCCACCUUUCAAGUUUCGCUCAUUACUCGAGCUGACACGGUUGCAUUGGCCAACACUUCCCCUACCUCUUCUGAACCAUCUGUUGGGACUUUCAAAGCCUCGGAUCUGAUCACUAACCUUGAGGGAUUAGACACAAAUGCAAGCGAAGACAAAGCUUGGGUCUUGACCAAAUUUGAACCCACUCCUAAAGUUUCAACCUACUUGGUCGCAUGGGCAAAUGGUCCUUUUCACUCCAAGGAGGGACAUUACAUCAGUCCUUUGACCAACAGAAAGGUUCCGCUUAGAGUGUUCGCCACUGGUGAACAUGUCCAUCAAACGCAACUCUUGCUCGACACCACCGCUCGAAUCUUGCCAGUAUAUGAAAAAAUCUUCGAUAUCCCUUAUCCUCUUUCUAAGCUUGAUACUUUAGUGGCCUCUGACUUCGAUGCAGGUGCCAUGGAAAACUGGGGUUUAAUCACCUGUAGGACUUCAGUGGGCUUGUGUGACGAGGCAUCAGGCAUCGGGGCCCGAAAAAGAGUAGUGACUACUCAAAGUCACGAAGUAGCCCAUCAAUGGUUUGGAAAUAUAGUCACUAUGAGUUGGUGGCAAGAACUCUGGCUCAAUGAAGCCUUUGCCACCUUGAUGGGAGAACUGGUGGUGAUCGAGGAGAUCGAGCCAAGUUGGUAUGCGUCUGAUGACUUCAUCAACGCUCACCUUUCGCGAGCGCUCUCUCUUGACUCCAAGAGAUCAUCUCACGCCGUCGAGGUUCCGUGUCCCGAUCCUGAGAUGAUCAAUCAGAUCUUUGAUGCAAUUUCAUAUUCCAAGGGAGCUUCGAUCUUGAAGAUGUUGGCCAACUUUGUAGGCAAAGAAAAGUUCUUGAAAGGAGUUUCGUUGUAUCUCAAAGCGCAUCUCUAUGGAAAUGGGACAACCAAAGACCUGUGGGCCGGUAUCGCAAAGGCAACCGGAAAGGACAUUGAGAAGAUAAUGAGCAAUUGGACCGGAAAGAUCGGAUUCCCGAUCUUGACCGUUGAAGAGAAUGCUGAUGGAUUAAAGAUCACUCAAAACCGUUUCUUGUCAACUGGAGAUCCCAAACCCGAGGAAGAUGAGACUCUUUGGUAUGUGCCAUUAGAGAUCAAGACCGUUGGACAAGAUGGAUCAGUCCAGAUCCAACAUGAUAUCAUGGAGUCUCAAAGGGAAGUCUCGGUUUCCCUACCGAAGGUAAAGGAUUUGGUUUACAAACUCAACGCGGAUACAUGCGGUGUCUACCGAGUUCGCUAUCCCGCCGACCGCUUAAAGAGCCUUGGUGCUGAAAUCGCAAAGGUUGACUCGGUCUUUACCGUUGCCGAUAGAAUGGGUCUGAUUCAGGAUGCGAUUGAACUAGCCCAAGCCGGAUACUCUUCCACCUCGACUGUUCUCGAUUUCUUAAAACCUCUUGGAAGCGAGAGAAACUACUUGGUUUGGUCAGAAAUUCUGACAGGUACAGGGGCGGUUGCAGGCAUACUAUGGGAACAAGACGAAAAGUUGGUAGAUAGCUUUGAUCGUUUCAGGCUUCAGCUGGUAGAAGCUUUAGCCAAGGAUAUUGGCUUUGAGGGAAACGGUCCGGAAGAGACUGAAGAUCGGAUUCAACUUCGAGUUAAAAUCUUACAAGCCGCAGCAGCUGCCAAGGAUCCCAAGGUUUUAGCAGAGAUCAAAGAACGGUUCAAGCAAUAUACUGAGUCACAGAAAGCAUCAGCUAUACCAGCAGAUCUAAGGCAUAUGAUCUUUACAUUUGGAGUCAAGUACGGAGGAGAAAAAGAGUAUGAAAGUGUACUAGCAAUCUACAGAAAGCCGUCGAACCCAUCGGAGAAGCUUGCAGCGAUGUAUGCACUUUGUGCAACCACACAAGAGAAACUCAUUCAGAAAACAUUUGAUUUGAUCUUAAGUGGAGAGGUGAAAGAACAAGACUUUAUGUACUUCUUUGCUGGAUUGAGUGGAAACAAAGUCACUAGAAGAAAGAUAUGGGAGUUUGUUAAAUCAGAUUACGAUGACCUGAUCAAACGAUUUAAAGGAAAUUUCUCAAUUGGAAGAUUAUUUCAAUUAUCAUUUUCAAGUUUUACAACAGAAGAAGAUGCAAAGAUGGUAGAAGAGUUCUUUAAAGAUAAAGAUUGUUCAAUUUUCCAUUCUGCUCUUUCACAAGGUUUAGAAAAAGUUAAUAGUCAAGCUAAAUGGUUAAAGAGAGAUUUAGAAGAUAUAAAGAAUUGGUUAAAAGUUAAUCAAUUCCUUUUGUGA